AUGUCGGGGCUCAAGCAAGAGGCCGGCACGGCAACCCAGGACAAGGGUAAUGACAACGAUGAAGACUGGGAGACCGAGUCUUCGUCCGACGAGAAAAGGAAAAAGAAAGUGCCUAACAGCAGUGCGAUAGGACCGGGAGGGAGACCGGUCCAGCGCCGUGAUCUUAAGGAGCUGCUCGAACUCGCCGAGGAAACGAAUGCCUUUUUACUCUCACUCAUGUGCGACCCGAAGCUCGAUCGCAACAACCCCCUCGCCUCGCCCAAGCCGCUCUUCAAUGCAUGUGACUUCGCGCGCCGCACCUACCUAGAGUAUAUCGUCCCGCUGUUCCCCAAGGAAGCGCCGCACAAGGUCCUUGAGAUGGCGAAUCCGUUCGUGUUCGACUACCCGAACCGCGGGGCGGGCACGGUAUUCGAUAGGCAAGGCGGCUUCAAGACGGAUAUGGCUUGGCUUGAGAACGAGGCCAACUGGCCCGAGUGGAAUGCCGAUUUGGAGGAGAAGUUCAGCGACGCCGUGGGCAGGAACACUGUGAUUGCACUGAUUGUUCUGCAGAGGGAUGAGAAAGGCCCGAUGAUGAUGCAGGGGAAGUAUGAUUUUCAGCCGGCGACGAUGGAGUUGGCGAAAGGUCUGAAGAGGGAGGAAGUGGUCGAGUGGAAGGAGAGGAUGCAGGAUGCCCGAAAGGCAGUAGGGCUCGCCGGGCGAGGUUGGGCCCAACAAUCACAGCCAGUAAGCACAUGGGAAUUCAAAAAGUCAAGUCGUGCUUCAGUGUUGUGCUGA